AACUUUGACAAGUGUGCUGUACUUCGCAUUGGCUCCCUAAAAUAUACAGACUUCUAUUUACCCUCUCCUCUGCCCAUACGAUGGACAGAUGGACCUACAGAAGUUUUAGGUAUCCAUAUUCCUGUAAACUUUAAAGAUAUUGUGUCAAUCAAUUUUGACCGAAAAUAUAUGAAAAUAGAUAAAAUUUUGAAUCCCUGGAAAGAAAAAGGACUAUCACUUAUGGGGAAAGUCACUCUGGUAAAUACACUUAUAGUUUCACAGUUUAUAUUUUUAUUAAGUUCGCUCCCGUCUCCAUCGUCAGCUUUUUUCGACAAAUAUGAAAAAAAGAUUUUCAAGUUUUUAUGGCGUGACGGACCCGAGCGAGUUAAGCGAAAGACAAUAUAUAAUGAUUAUGAUCAAGGUGGAUUAAAACUUCAAAAUCUGCGAGCUGUCGAUCUCAAACUGAAGGCCGCUCUAGUGCCAAAACUGCACAAAAACGAAAACUGGUUUUGUUCUAAAUUAUUGUCCUUCUCUAGUCCUGUUCUUAGAACCAGUACGUUUCCUUUUGCACAGCUUAAAACGAAUGACUUUGAAAUCUUGAUUAAGAAAGUAGUCAGUCUGUUUUUUCGACAAGUUAUACAAAGUUGGUUGAAAUACCAACUACGCCCCCCAGAAAAUAGCAUACAAGUCAAACAGCAACUCCUUUGCUUGAAUUCACAUAUUUGUAUAAAUAGGCGACCCUUUUGUUCCUCAGCCUUCUUCAAUAAAAAAGUACUUUUUGUAAAUGACAUUAUUGAUGCUGAGAAUAAUUUUUUGUCUUUUGACAGCUUUGUAGUCAAAUUUGGAGAUGUCUGUACAGCUUAUCAGUAUCAUCAACUUUUGUCAGCUAUUCCUCCUCAAUGGAAACAUAUUCUAAGACAAGGCUCCUCAGAGCUACGUGUUUGCAUCCCUGCCUGUAGAGAUGUAACCUGGCUACAUAGUAAAAAUAUUAAUAAAUGCUUAUAUGCUUUCUACAUGAAUGAAGCCAGAUUAUGUGAAACUUCAGACAGGAUACAGUACACGUGGGAAGAUUAUUUCAACUGUCCAAUACCAUGGCAAAAGGUUUAUAGCCUACCUUACAAAAUUUCCAUUGACUCUAGUGUUUGCAUGUUUCAACAUAAACUAUUAUUCAAAUACUUGACCGUGAACAAGACCUUAUACACUUGGGGUUUGAAGGAGUCGCCCUUAUGUGAAUAUUGUAAUGAAGAUGAAGAAACAGUCUUCCAUCUCUUUUUUCAUUGUAGAGUUGCUACACUUUUCUGGAGGCAAGUAGAAGACUGGUUUUUCGUCAAUACUGGGGAACAUUUAAAUCUAAACCUGUUUAAAGUUAUCUUUGGUGAUUUGAAUUGUCGGUGCCCAGUUUCUGCCAAUAUGAUUAUCCUUCUUGGCAAACACUUUAUUUUCAAGAACCGUCAACGCUCUCUUAAUUUACAAGCCUUUAUUUCAUAUAUGUCAUACUUCCAUAGGCUAGAAUAUAUUAUAGCAAAAAGGAUGGAUAAGAUAAAAGAACACUUUGGUAAAUGGGGGAAAAUAGCUUUAUCGUUAAAACAGUGAAUAGUGAAUAACAUAUAUACAACUUCUGUUUAUCAUUUCCUUGUUAUAUACAAAUGUGUACACUGCUAUA